AUGGGUGGGAACCAAUGUGUCUUGGGAAAAGAACUUUUCUGGCCGUUGAAUGGUGAUAAUCCUGAACCUCCCCUUUGGUCACAUCUAACAGGUGUGAGCGUGGAUUAUAUACCUAUCACGCCAUGUGGGAAAUGGAUGUUUGAACAGGACGACGACGCCGAGGAGCCCGAUUAUGAUUCAGAUGGUCUUGGCUCCUACUAUGAUGAUAUGGAUGACACCGAUCUGGAUUGGGUUCCUCCAGAGGACCGCAAGUGCAGACUAUUCCGAACCAAAUUUGUACACGAAUCGUUCAAUCAAUAUUAUCUAUCAGCUGGCAAGGCUGCUCUUCGGAUGUCUGAACUAGAUUCCAUGUUAUUGGACGUUUCGCACCGACCUCAACACCGGUUUUGGUAUCAGGUGGAGAACGAAAUGGCGAAAGUGACCUGGUCUAGUGAGGAGGACCCUAAAGCAUUUGAACCAAGCGAUGAGGUCUUGCAAUUUUGGAAUCAAGUUGCAUUGGAACACACCGGUAAUGGCCUAGAGGUUGAAUUUGAAUUAUGUUAA